GCGCAGAAGUUUGGUGGAGCGAUUUUUUUUGUGUAGCACACCAACCGAACAAUUUCACACCUUAAUCUAGUUUUUUAUUUUUUAAAAAUGAAAAAAAAUUAAAAUCCAUGCCAUUUUUAUGCCUAUAAAUAUGCCUUUUCACAAGAUGUGCUUCCACUGCAAAUCGACAUUUUCGGUGUCUUUACUCGGGAAAAGUCUCUCGGUAUUCUCUACCCCAUCCACCAACCCUCAUCGCCGCUGUUAAAAUGACCGCCGGCAACGAGUUAUCCAUCACCACGGACCGCCGGAAAAGGGUUUGUGUCACCGGGGCCAAUGGCUUCAUCGGAUCGUGGAUCGUGAAGCUUCUCCUCGAGCGCGGAUACACCGUGCACGGAACAGUUCGGAGUCUAGAUGAGGCGAAGUGCAAGCAUCUGAAGGCGUUGGAAGGGGCAUCGGAGCGGCUGGUGCUCUACAAAGCUGAUCUGCUCGAUCUGAAUGCGCUUCGUGAGGCGAUUAAGGGAUGCGAGGGCGUUUUCCACCCUGCUUCACCUGUGACCGAUGAUCCUGAGCUGAUGGUGCAGCCAGCGGUUGAAGGGACGAGGAAUGUGAUCACGGCCGCGGCAGAAGCUGGAGUGAGGCGAGUGGUGUUCACCUCGUCAGUUGGGGCGAUGACGAUGGAUCCUAAGCGCAGUGAGGAUGUAGUCGUAGAUGAGUCGUGCUGGAGCGACCUGGACUUCUGCAAGCAAACUAAGAACUGGUACUGCUAUGGCAAAGCGGUGGUGGAGCAAGCUGCGUGGGAACUAGCCGGGGAGCUUGGGGUGGAUCUGGUGGUGGUGAGCCCUGUCCUGGUUCUGGGCCCCCUGCUUCAGGAGGCAGUGAACGCAAGUGCGGUGCAUGUGCUUAAGUACCUGAACGGCUCCGCGAAGACUUACGCCAACGCCGUUCAGGCCUACGUUCACGUCCGUGACGUCGCCGACGCCCACAUCCUCGUCUUUGAGGCCCCCGCCGCCUCCGGCCGCUACCUCUGUGCUGAGUCCGUCCUCCAUCGCGAGGACCUUGUCCGCAUCCUCGCCAAGCUCUUCCCGCAAUACGCUGUCCCCACAAGGUGCUCUGAUGAGAUAAACCCAAGGAAGAAGACAUUCAAGUUCUCCAACCAGAAGCUGAAGGACCUGGGCCUCGAGUUCAUCCCAGCGGCUCAAGGCAUCUACGAAACUGUGAAGAGCCUGCAAGAGAAAGGCCAACUCCCCUAGAACUCCAAUUUGGCUGCUUGUGAGGUUAUCGCCUUUUUAGUUCCUCUCAAAUGCCUUCUUAUAAUAUAUUAUCAUGUAAUGAACUUGAGCAAAGAUAUGUUUCUUUACCAGCAUAAUUAAACACUUCUUAUAGACAUAUAAGAAUGUGAUUUUAUAAAUA